CAAUAACAUCGAAAUUUAUGCGGCAUCAAGCAUUCCAGUCGGAGUUGCAGUCGAAUCGUGAACGACUUGAGCAGCUUCGUCAUGCUGCUGUUAAACUUGCUGAGGAAAAACCGGAGUUUCUGGGUACCAUCGACCCGCAAAUUGCUGACCUAUCAGUGCAAUGGGAGCAGCUUGAGAAAACUACCGAAGAAAAAGGACAAAAAUUGUUUGAUGCUAAUCGCCAGCAGCUCUAUGUGCAGAGUAUUUCUGACAUGAAGGAAUGGGCAGAGCAAUUACAGCAACAGAUGACAAGCGAAGAUACAGGUCAGGAUCUGACAACAGUUAACGUAGCCAUGCAGAGGCAGCAGUUAAUCGAAAGUGAGAUGGUGAAACGAGCCGCACAGAUGGAUUCGUUACAACAAAUGGAGCCACAACUUGAAGAAAUGCAUCCGGAGGAGGUUGAGGCAAUCAAAGCACAUCGUCUGGCAGUGCAGGAGCAACUGCAACGUCUGCAGGCUCCGCUUGGAGAUCGACGCCGUCAGUUGGAACGCAAAAAGCGAGCUUACCAGUUCUUGCGUGACGUUGAGGAUGAGAAAUUGUGGUGUGCA